CUUGACUUGGAACAGCUUCGGGGACUACUACAGUAAUAGUCGUGUAUACGUAUGGUACCCAACAUACUUCUACUGACAAUGCAAUACAUUAGAGUGAUCGGGAAUGCUUGUGUGCGCUGUAUGAUACCAGUAGAAGAAAUAGGUAAUUUGUAUAGGUCUAUUUAAAGGUUUGGUGAGAAAAGGAAAGUAUCACAGAGCUAUUGUACUUCACUGUUUCGUUCAGGGGUUUGACACUGGCAGAACUAUUAAUGGGUACAUUAAACAUUCACGGGAGGUGACACUAAGGGUCUUUACAUGACUGCUGGAAUUACUUCCAGGUCCUGGACGGAUGGAGAGGCGCCUUGUAACUACCGUGCGCCCUCAACUGUAGCGCCCAUACCUAGUGUUGACAUUUUCAGUCCCAGUAGCACGUGUAUUGGAGAUAAAGCGGCAAAAUUGUGUGUGAAAAAACCUACAUCUGUGACAGUCGGCUUACUUCUGCUGGUGUUGUGUGCAAGUAUAGCUUAUGAUGUGUAACACAUGCUCGGGACGUUCGUGUCUAUAGAACGAAUUAUUUGUUGAAAAUAUAUAUACAUAUUUUAUCAAUAACGGAAUAUAAGGGCUUCGGUGGAUGUAAAAAAAAUGGCCCUCACCUGUAUAACAUUUGAGUUUACAUUCCAGAGUUCCUUACACAUUCGGAACUAGUUUUAGGUGUGGAUUUUACGUUCAUGGAACCAUAUAGUAAUGGGAUAUGGAGAUGUCCCUGUUCGGAUACUUACCCUGGCCACUAUGGGAUUUAUCAUAAAAGUCGUCAUUGAUGCUGAGGCCGUGGAGGCCAAUGUGUCCGGAUACUUCGCCGUCGUGCACCCCGGCACCUGCCCGUCCUCCUGUAAUCCAAAAAACGUCAUUGAACCCGACAAGAUGUGGGACGCCUUUCCCUGUCCACCACCAUGGAAACGGGAAUUGUUUCUGCAGCUCAAUUGGACCCGUUUGUCAGAGCCGGCAGAUAGACAGAGGGUAAAAGACAGGGUGGCAAAACGGUGCAAUAUUAACCUAAAAGAAUUACAGAACGCGGUGUUAGAGAGUUCUGGACAGUCCCUCAUCUUCAUCGACUGCGAUGCAAACUGUUUCAUCCCCAUCCUCGCUACAAUCACCUGUGUUGUCUUCCUUUUUGUCGCUCUAGUUGCGUUCUUCUUUAAAAGGCAACAUCGGGCAAGACUGAAGAGUUCCGAAUUUCCGACAGGGACAACGACCCCACAUACGGUCGCGAGACAGGAAAACCAUCUGUAUAUGAGGUCCCCAGAUGGAUCAGGAGAAAUGAUACCCAGACCGACAGAGUCCGUCCUAGCCGACGCUGGUGUAGAAAUUCGACUUUUAGACAGUCAACCAGAAGAAAAACAUUUCAUCAUUCCGAAAAGUUUCGACCGGUUCUAUGGCUCUCAAAAAGGAAGUAAAUAUCAGUACAAACGUGGAAGAUUGGAUACGCCUCUCCCAGCAGAACCUUCGGAGGACACAUCCGCUACGUACAGUGGGACAGACACCAAUCAUACCGACCAUACGUACGAAUCCGUCCGCGGAAGUAUAUAUAGCGGUUCACUUAGGUUAUCAGGGUCACAAACCGGAAGUUCUGAUCAAAAGGGCCAUCCAGCGGUGUUAGAUUUUUGGACACAGAAUAUCCCUACUGAUCCGGCUAUGUACAAGUGUGGGUGUCCAAAAUAUGGCACUCAGUAUACCAGUGUAUCCCAAGGUAAUAACAGUGUUUAUUACGACAGUGAUAACUAUUCUAGUCAUCCGUACGACAAAGUUGAUCAAAACGUUUAUCCUUACAAUUACUACGGGGACAGGCGGAAAAUAGUCAGUGACACAGAGACAACGGAUAAUCCUCUCACAACGAAAUGGAAACGCAAACAAUUCGCCAAGAAAAGGCGAUUAACGGAGCCACAUAUGAGACAAGAUUUGGAGUCGUCUUCUAAAACACGUGGGAAGAAAAGUAAUUCUCAUGACUUUGAUAAUAUCCCUGGGGUGGGACCCUGUCAGUGCGAUCAAUGUCGGUUAGAAGAAUAUCAACGGGAGUUAAUGGCAAGACAAGAGGAGGGAAAUAUAUAUCAGUCAAUAGAAAAUGAUUUACGAAACUCUGGCUACAUAUACGGAACACAAGACUAUGAUUCCGGAUGUAACUGUCAGAUGCCAGAAGUAGACCAAUAUAAGGAUCAAUACUGGAUGCAGACACCCAAUCCCGUACAACAACGUGUGUGCAAUAUUUGUGUGAAUCCAGACCAAAGAAGUAUGUAUCAGGUAGGCGGACGAGGCGUUACCCCGAUGGUGCCUACUCCAAGGUCCGUUCAAAGUGAAGGUCAUUCCGGAGUGGACAGAAACUCUUUCAUGUCCCCUGAACUAUAUAACCUUAAUCAGUUUGAGGACGAUAGACCAGAUCACAGAAAAAGACGCCGAAAUAAGUCCGCGACAAAUCUAACGUCACCGGGUGCUUCCAUGUCUGGGACGGCGUUCUCAGAUUCGUAUUCCUCCACUGAUCGUCCACACCGCACGAGAAAAAUUCCUAAAACGAAUGGCUCACUUUACAAAUCAAAAUUAAUGAAUAGGUGAUGGCGAUAUGUGCAUGAUCUUAAUAACAGUAUUAUUUUUCCAUCUUUUACCCUUGUGCUCAAUUUAGACCAGUUAUCUGCCCCUGCUUGAUGACAUUUUGUCUUUGGAAGCUGGUAUGGAUUAUCGUUGCCAUUUUGUUGAUAGCACGUGUUGACUUUCGUAUUUUUUACGCAAGUCGGGGUUGAUGCCUAGUGCCUAAAGUCUUGCCAUAGCAUAAGCAUUAUCAAAUAUUGGAGAAUUUGUUUGUGUUUUUAUUUAUUUAUAAAAGCUUGGCCAGGGUCCUUUGUGAUAUUUCCCAUGAUUAAUAUUUCUUAAUAUCAAUACUAUUGAUACUUAUCAAAAUCAUGUUUGUCAUAAAAAAUAUGAAAAGUGAGGCAUGCGAUCAAACCAUUAGUUUCUGAUAACCAUCCAUUGAAAUAAAAUCCAUAUUAAGUAAACUUAAAACAAUCGCCGUCUAUUUACAAAUUAUCGUGGAGCCUGUGGUUUGAUCACGUGACCAGAAAACUGGUUUAACUGUUGAAUGCUUUCAUGUAUGAUAUAUCCCAUUUUUUAAGUUUUUUGUUCAACAGCAUCAAUUAUUACUAUAUAUAAAUUGAUAGAAAGACCCUUAAUCAAAAUUACUCCUUUUUUGUGAAAUAUGAUAAUUAUUUCGACUUGUGGUUAUUUCCCCAUAGUUAAGUACAUUCUGACGUAUGUAAACAAAAUUGUAAUGCAAUAAUUUCAGAACCUUUCUAGUUAUCAUUAAAAGUAUUUAUCAGGGUGUCAUCCAUACAUGAUAUGGUGUUUAAAUGCCUCAUGUUUUUGGAUUCGUAACGUGAGUUGUUAUAUAGUAUUAGGUAUGAUUGUAACUGACGUUAAAGAUUAAUAUCAUUUGGCUAAGCGAAACUUGUCAUUCAUAAUUAAUAUUGAUAUAAAUACGUGUUGUUUGUUUCAUGUGAUGAUUUUACUGGCUGGUCUAUUUCUUCGUCAUGUGUGUUUUAAAUUUCCAUUCCAUUGUAAGGUUAUAAGCGGCUGACUCCGGCACAAGUGUGUAAGGCCGAUUACAGUUACCAGUCAAAAUCCUAUUUAGCUUACCGACAUAUGACGACAUUAUCUAAACUAGCUAUUUAUUUCAGAAAUUAUUUUAGUAAUAGUUAAUAAAGUAAAGCAAUUUUCCUAAAAUGUGAAAAUGUAUUUGUUACCUGUCUGGUGACAUAUAUGUAAAGUUAGUGACCGAUUUUAUUUUAUUAUCUAUAAUUAUUAUUUAAUUUCAGUUGUUGAUACAAUUUCAGUAAACGACAUGAACAAAAGGAUGAAAGAUGGAUAUGAAAUGACACAGCGAGGAGCAGAGAGCUUCGCAAUUCAUGAAAAAAAUUGUUAUAUAUUUGUAAGGCUCACUGUAUGAAGAUAUGCAAGCGAAAAAAAACUGAUAAUGAGUUUUUAAACGUCAUAUAUAUGCUUUUCUUGUGUCAUUAAGCUAGUUAAUGGUUAAUGAAGCUGGAGCUGGGUAAUUACCGCUUUAUUGAUAACUGCUAUGAAGUUGUUUACAGUUUGAUGAUUGUCAGGGUAUUUUAAGACCAAGUACUAUACAUCCUGGUGCUAGUGUUUUACAUAUUACAGGGUAUAUGUGGUAUCAGAUUUUAUUUAAUUAACACAUGGGAUUACAUUAACCAAUCAGCCCUCAUUUAUUGAAUGACAUGAGUGUAUUUAAUCUCCUGCAAUGCAGUUGGUUUAUUAAGAUAAAAUCUAAAUAUUUUAUAUAAUUUACGUUCAUUUUAUAUUGUUAUUUUCAGAUAAAAAGCAUUCUUUCAUAUAAUUAUGAUUUUUAUUCUAGUCUGAUGUCACAAAUAAGAAAAAAAUUGAUUAAAAUUCUAGUCAUAUUCCAGUUUUAUGACAAUCAAGCGUAGUGUAAAAUAAUUCCAUUUCACUGACUAAGAGUUACCUCCCUUACCUAUGUGGCCAACUGGUAUAAAGUCCUGUAUUAUCCAAUAAACGUUUUGGACAUCGACGAUUGGGGUGAUGGUAUCUAUAUUCUAAGUUGAUGAGAUGAAGACACACCGAGGGAUUGUUCAGAAAAAGACUAGAUACGCCGAGGGCUUGUUUAGAAAAAACACUACAAACUUAUAGUUUUAAUUUUGACAUCAACUUAAUCCUCUUUGUAUUGAGUAUUGUACACACUCACAUUUUCUAACCAAACGCAUAAUCGUAUAUUAUAAGAACAAUAUUUCUAAUUUUGUUGUCAAUCCUUGCUAAAUUUACAUUUUAAUGAAGGAAGUUAGGUCAUAGGAAGUCAUAGAAAAUUAUACUGGAAAAAUGUUUUCUAAACCUAGUGCGUCCCAUUGUAUUAAAAAAACAAUUGAAAUAAUAAGAAUGAUCCUGGGUCACAAUAUAUAGGUUCCAUUAUAAAUGUAAAGUAUGCAAAUUUGGCACAAUUUGUUGGACAUCUCCAUAUAUAGGUAAGACUCAGACGAGGACCGAUACUACAAGGGUGAUACUAGACUCAAGCCAUGACACAUGUAACGCCCACAGAAAGCAUGAUUGGGAUCAAUUUUUAUCAGCAUCCGCUUUAUUACGCAAUACCCUUGAUGAUGAAUUAUACGUAGUUUAUAAUAUUGUGUUGUAAUAGGUCAUACAGACGAUUGGAUUACAUAUAGACAACAGGAUCGGUCGAUUUUCUGUGUAUUGUCUUUCGUCUGCAGUAUUAGCUAUACAGUUUUUUACAGACUUUUAUUACGUGAUAAAACAUCAAACAAUUCUGUCUAGACAUCAAGUCGAUGAAAGAAUUCUCUCUUCUAUUCCAUUUACUAAUUGACGUUUAAUUCUAAAUCUAGCAAAAAAAAAAUCAAUUCUAAGAGAUCUUAAAGUAGGAAUCCUCCCAAAUGUUAUAAAUUGUCAUAAAGUUCGUCAACUGAUUAAUAAAUCAUAUUUGUUAUUUACGGAAUAAAGGUUAUAAACAUAAAAAAGUGUAUAUUAUAAAUAAUCUUAGAAUUUCAUUCCAUUUAAUUACAAAGAGUGGUCUUUUUAAUCCAAUAUUUUGAAGACAUUUUGAUUAAAUAAACAAACGCACGCACUAAUGUGUCAAGUGAAAUUUCCUUGGAUACAGCACGUGUGAUGUGGUAGUCACAACAUAUACCAUGACGUCGGCAGCUGUCUUCCACCAGACUGCAGACGAGUCAGUGCAUAAGUUGAUUAGGUAGGUGAAUUGGACUGCUCAGCAUCUGGACCAUGUGUAGUCUGACACUUAAUAGAUGGAAUAAAUAUCUCUUCGUAACAUCAUCAACAACACUACUGAGCAUACUUAUUCAUUUGGCGUUUGUUUCCUUUGAUGAAACAUUACUUUAAACACUUUCCAUACGCUCAUGCUGACAAUAGAAUUGCAUUAGGUCUAUGGUAUAACCAAAUCAUACAUACUCACACGAAAUUUUGAUUUAUUAACAAGGAAUAUGGCUAAAAUUACAGCAAUCUUUUAUCCGUUAAAUUAGUUCAUAUUUCCUUCUUUCUUU